AAUGGAUUUGGCAGCAAGCAAUUGGUAUCUCCAGUUUAUCUCCCUUCUGAUGGUGACUUCAAUAUAUGCUAGAUCCAUGUAUAACAAAGAAUCACAAAGACAUCUAAACGCAGAAGGCCUUGGUGAAAUUGACCACGAGUGCUGGGAGGCAGCAUCCCGCAAGCUGGUGGAAAUGAAGAAGCUUAGGGUCGCAGACACUAUCAUGGGCCUUUGGGACUUCAUGGUCUAUUUGAAGGAAUCGGCAAACCCCAAACAUAACGCUCUGUUUGAUGGGUUAGCGCAGGACUUCUGGGACAUAUAUGUAGACUGCGUACUCUCCAGGUCUCAUGGAAUGGGCAGAAGACAACUGGCAUCUCCAAAUUUAUCAUUAUACCUACACAAACCAGAUAAAGGAGUCACAUUUAUUAACCCCUGGAUCUGAUGCCGGAUGCCAACUUCUGAAAGAUAAUUUUAGAGGGCAUUUUGUAUAGCAGAAGCUCCAAGACUACGUACAAUUCGUUCAAUUCACAUACAUGAUUAUUGCCAAGGUGCAGUGCUGGGACAGCCAUUUGGUGCCCAGGGCGAAGAUGGC